AGUCACAACUCUUGGUGUCCUAAUUCUCGCACGUGAGCGCGCGCCUGUAUGCGUGCGCGCUCCAUCCCCAAUGCUGUGCGCGCAUCCGUUGCUGCGGAAUUCAGGGCUGUUGGAGGCUGAGGUCGGCCGACUAAGAAAAUAAUGAACAACAAAUUUGACGCUCUGAAAGAUGACGACAGCGGUGACCACGACCAGGACCAAGGCUCACCGAAAGACAGUGAGAAGGAAAACAAUGAAGACGAGCACCAGGAGCAGAACUCUGCAAAGAAAAAGCAGAUGGUGGUACCAGGGGCAGGUGAGCACCCUCUACAGUACAACUACACAUUUUGGUACUCCAGACGAAACCCAGGUCGACCAGCCAGCACUCAGAGCUACGAGCAGAACAUCAAACAGAUUGGCAGCUUUGCCUCGGUGGAGCAGUUCUGGCGUUUCUACAGUCACAUGAUCCGACCAGGCGACAUAACGGGCCACAGUGACUUCCAUCUCUUCAAAGAAGGCAUUAAACCCAUGUGGGAGGACGAUGCCAACAAGAUGGGUGGGAGGUGUAUCAUCCGUCUGAGGAAAGGCUUGGCGUCGCGCUGCUGGGAGAACCUGAUCCUGGCAAUGCUGGGAGAGCAGUUCAUGGUCGGAGAGGAGAUCUGCGGCGCCGUCGUGUCCGUCAGGUUCCAGGAGGACAUUAUUUCCAUCUGGAACAAAACAGCCGGCGACCGGUCUACCACGACCCGCAUCAGAGAUACACUGCGACGAGUCCUCAACCUUCCCCCCAACACCUUAAUGGAUUACAAGACACACAACGAUAGCAUUAAGUAUAGCCUGGGAAGACUUCCAUGGUCUGAUGAAUCCUAGCGGCGGACGUUAGCCCCCGCAAAGACGCCACAGACCUCUGCAAGGUUCGGAACCGGUCCCCUUGACACUUGCUGAUCUAUUUGAUGACUCAUCACUACAAGCGUCCUUGUCGCCUCCUACUGCAGGUGUGUUUUUACACGUGACGUUGCUGUGGGCGCAAGAAGCCCCUGAGGGGGGGGGUUGAUAACCUCUGCGUGGAUUGACCCAAGCAAGCGACAAGAGACGAGAAAAACGUUCCUUUGUUGUGUCAGCUUGGAGACGAGCAGAAAGCCCUUUGAGCAGAAGACAAGGCGAGGGGAGCAUUAUUUUUAACCUGGAAGCCUCAGAUGUAUUUUUUUACUUUUAUAGCAAGUUAUAAUUCAAGAGUGGACUAAUGACGUUUGCCAAUUUUGUCUAAACGUGGCUAAAUGCAUCAACUUGAAUCUACUGAAGAUGGGAGUUUCAUCAAAAUACUUUGUUUUGGGACUCAACAAAGGUUUUUACCUACAAUUCCUCUAAUCAAUUCCAACUUUUUUUUACUGUUACUGUGUAAAAGUUAUCUGUAAAAGCAGAUCAUUUAGAAAAAAUAAUGACAUCGGUCUCCUAUGAGAACUUAAGGAGGAGCAUCCCAAUGUGGGGCGGACAUACACCUGGCAUCUCAUGAGUGGACCGCCACGCUGCCUGUAUCACUGUGCCUCACGCCAACUAUGUUCCCUAACUGUCAGUCUGGCCUUCACCCACUAGUCCAAGGAAUGGACUACUAUGCUUUAAAGACCUCAAAUGGCAGGCGUAAAGACUAUCUGCUAUUUUGUAGUACAAGUAAUGAAGCUGGGCUUGGAGUCAACGUCACCCAUUGGAAGCUUGCUGGGGAAGCAUCUGUCGUUCGUUGGCAAGCUGCUAACACCACUCAUGUCUGGAAGAGUGUGUGUGCGUGUGCGUGUGCGUGUGUGUGUGCGUGUGUGUGCACGUGCGUGUGCGGCAUGGUUGGAUAUUUGCUUGAUGGAUAAUAGCAAUAAAUGAAAAAUAUGCAGCUGCUGCUAAUCUGUCUGUCAAAUAUGUAGAUUGUCAAAAAGUUCCAUAUAGUAAACUGCUAGUUGUCAAAACAACUUGCAAAAACGUAUUUAUUUGGUCUGAAUAGAGGUGCUAAAUUUUAAUAACUUAUAAGAAAAAAGAUUAAUUUGAUACAUAUAAGACACAUUAAAUAUGUUUAGAAUGUAAUAUAAUAAAAAAAGAUAAUGUCUCAUGAUAUGAGUUGAAAAUGUUUAAUUUUUUAAAACAACAUAUUUCAUUUGACCCAUAAUGACGUCUUCAGCUCAUCUCAAAGAACAUGUAAUUCUGUGGAGAAAUCAAAGAACAGCGUUGUACAAUUUAAUGUAGUCAUGUUUCUUUCAAACUUUUUUAAACUAUACAUACAGUGCACCCGGAAAGUAUUCACAGUGCUUCACUUUUUACACAUUUUAUGUUACAGCUUUAUUCUAAAAUGAAAUAAAUUCAUGUUUGUCCUCAAAAUUGUGCACUCUAUACCCCAUAAUGACAAUGUGAAAAGU